UAAAGAAUAAAUAACAAGCUGUACUUGUAAUAUUUCUUCCAUUCAUGACACUGUCGAGUCUGCUAACUUAUAUGGAAUGGUUAUUUCAAGUUUAGGUAAGAUUUACAUGUCGCGGGAGUCUACAAAUCGAACGAAAAUCUGCAUUAUCUCAAGAGUUAAAUCGACGGUGCAUGAACGUCUACGUAUAGCAAUUGAAAAUGUUAAAAGGACAAAUUUUAUGCACUCCAAAAGAACUGGACCUGGGAAUUACCUUAAAUGGAGGCCAGAGUUUCAGGUGGCUCCCAACUGACGAUAGGAAACAGUAUCGCGGUGUUUUUAAAGAAUAUGUUUGGACCCUCUCUCAGGAUGAGGCCUAUCUCCAUUAUGCGGUACAUAAUCCGUCGAAUAAAGGCACAAAUUAUGUUAGCAUUCUCUCAAACUAUUUCCGACUUGACACUUCGUUAGAAAAGAAUCUGAAAAAAUGGAGGUCAUCGGACUCAAAUUUUCAGAAAUUAUGUGAAAACAUUGCAGGUGUCAGAAUUCUUGAUCAAGAUGUGGUCGAAAACUUGUUUUCCUUUAUCUGCAGUUCAAACAAUAAUAUUAAUAGGAUAUCAGGUAUGAUCGAGAAACUAUGCAGGUUCUUUGGUGAAAAAUUAUGUGACAUUGACGGGAUUGAAUAUUUUAACUUCCCGUCUAUCAAGGCAUUGAUGGAACCUGAAGUGGAAGGUACCCUAAGAAAACAAGGUUUUGGUUAUCGAGCUGCAUAUGUGGCAAACACUGCAAAACAUUUAGACAAGCUUGGGGGACGUUCGUGGUUACUAGAACUUCACAAAGACAACAAUGCAACUUAUCAAGAAGCUCGAGCCAAGUUAAUGACUCUUCCAGGAGUUGGACCUAAAGUAGCCGAUUGUAUUUGUUUAAUGUCAUUGGGUCAUCUAGAAGCUAUUCCAGUGGACACUCAUAUAUUUCAAAUUGCUCAAAAAUACUACAUGCCUCAAUUAGUAAAACAAAAAACAGUGACUCCAAAAAUACACGGAGAAGUGAGUGAACACCUACGUGAAUUAUGGGGUCCUUUAGCAGGUUGGGCUCAAGCAGUUGUCUUCUGCGCUAAAAUAAACAAUAGUGAUAUAACACUGAAAAAUCGAAAACGUCCUAAACCUGAUAACAGCAAGACUCAAUCAAAUAGUAAAAAAAAACAGUGACCCAUGUAAUUAACUUAGCUGUAAUCAAAAGAUAUUUUAUCAAUCAUAACUUAUAAUUAUCAUUCACAGUACACCGAGUGUUUCUUUUUUAAAUUUAUUUAAUAACAAAUAGCUUGCCAUAUUUUAAAAUGGUAAAUGAAAGUCAUCGAAGAGAUCAUUACAGAGAUAUUAGAUUAUUUAGGAGUAAAAAAGGCGAACUCGAUACAACUUGUACUCUUGAGGCUGGCUCUUGUAAAUACAUGAUUAUGCAAAGUUACAAGUAAUAUUCUAUUUUCAUAUCGACAUCGACUAUUGGAAUGAGGUAUCACAAGCAUACCCUAAAGAAAGUACAUGUAAAGAUAUCCUGGAAUUGAGAUAAUAAUUACUAUAAAAAAUGUGUAGACUACUAAGAAAUUGAAUAAAUAGUUUCUAGUUAA